ACUUUCUCGUCUGCAUAUCUACAUUCUUCUACUCACAGCCUGCCUACCAUGAGUCUCUGCGAGCACUGUGUUUCCGGCGUACGCCAUGAGGGCACCCCCGAAGGCAAGUUCGAGCAGAUUGGGGGCGUAGAGUGCUAUGUUGCUACGCCCACCGCCGAUUAUCCCUCAAACAAAGUCCUUCUUUACCUGAUGGACAUCUUUGGUAUCCACCUUCCCAACCAUCAGCUCCUUGCAGACGAUUACGCUCGCAACGGGUUUAAGGUCGUGAUCCCGGAUAUCCUCAACGGCGACCCUGCGCCGGUAGACGCUCUCGAUGCUGGGUCAAAGUGGGACUUUAUGGCGUGGCUCGGCAGGCACGGAAUGGACACUGUCCAUCCCGUACUCGACAAGGUUCUCCCCGCCCUGAAGGCGAGUGGUGUUGAGAAGAUUGGUGUUCUUGGCUUCUGCUAUGGUGCGCGCCCGGCCUUCGACAUCGCGUUCGAGAACAAGGUCUCUGUAGUGGUCGUCUCGCACCCGAGUCUCCUGCAGGUUCCGGAAGACCUUGAGAAAUACAAGGCCGCAUCGAAGGCGCCACUGCUGAUCAACACCUGCGAGAUCGACCAGAUGUUCCCUCAGGAGGCUCAAGCCAAAGCUGACGAGAUCUUGGGCGGUGGAGGGUUCGCCCCCGGAUACCAGAGGACGUACUGGGAGGGCUGUGUCCACGGGUUCUCCGUCCGCGGCGACUUGAGCAAUCCGAAGAUCAAGGCCGGAAAGGAGGGUGUGUUCAAGGCGAGCGUCGAAUUCCUGAUUAAGCAUCUGUAG